AUGGCCACGACCACGAUUACCCGAGCCGCCCAACAGCCGCCGCCUACGGUCGAGUAUGACGAUGUCACUAUCCCCUACCAACGGUUGGUCGACGGUUACUCCAAGGAAUGGCCACCUCGACAGCGUUUGCCGGUCCCAGAGUUCCAGGCGGACGCCAAUCCUGAUGAUGUAGUCACGGCGUUGAAGAAGUCUGGCGGUGUCUUUGUCCGCAAUGUUUUGACCCCGGAAGAAGUCCAGCAGAUCGAGAGUGACUUACGUCCAUCCCUGGAGGCGGACAAGCCGUGGGCUGCAAACGACGGGUUUUUCCCGCCGACUACCCGUCGAGCCUUUGGUCUUGUGGGCAAGUCACGCUUGUUUGCGGAAAAGGUGGUCAAUCAUCCCGUCUAUCAGGCUGUUUGUGACCAAUUCCUCACGACAAAGGCUUACAAAUGGCACGGUAACCGAUCAGAGGUCAACAUUUCGAGACCUCAGCUAAACAAUACCAUCGCUUUCUCUGUGCGACCGGGCGGCAGCAAUCAGCCCCUGCACCGAGAUGACGACAUCCACUAUGCGAGCCGUGAGCGGGUGGACGAGUAUCCCAAAGCCACCAACUCUCGCGAGCUCGGCAUCGGUUUCUUCGUUGCGGGCAAAAAGUCGACAAAGGCCAACGGGGCGACCAGAUUCAUCCCUGGAAGCCAUCUCGAAGCGACAGAACAACCGCCCCAGGAAGAAUUCGUCGCGUACGCCGAGCUCAGCCCCGGCGAUGGGUUCAUCAUGCUUUCCAGUUGUUAUCAUGGCGGCAGUGCCAACACGACCAACGACGAAGAGAGACUCCUCUUCAGCUGCUUCAUGACCAGAGGCUAUUUGAGGUACGGUAUCUACAGUCCUUUAUUCACGAUAGCAGUCUACUCACAUCCGUGUCCAGGCAAGAAGAGUAAGUUCAACCACGAACACAUCCGGGCGAACAUCUGUGAAAUCGAGAACUAA